UAAAUACCUGAUGCAAGGUCGCAAACAGACUUGUACGACCAUGAUUGUCGAAUACCCUUCGACAUAUGGUGGCUUCUUUCGACGCGUCAUCCGCCGUCAAUUAGGAAUCUGAGGGGAAAGCUGGAGUUCUGGACAGUCGCAGCUUCAGACAGUACUCAAAACGCGGGCCCUUCCGUGCUUGCUGAGCGUCGCCCAUUGCCUUCGCAUUAUGAACGCGUACAUACACCCUUCGACAUGCUCCCUGAGCCUACGCUGAGGUUCACGCUGCCGAGCGUUCACGAUGACACGAUUAUCGACUGCCGCGUAUAUCACCCGCAUGCACUGACCGCAUUCUAUCAUGGCCCGUCAUGGAAGCGCCACGCGGCGAUUGUCGCCCAUCCGUACGCUCCGCUGGGCGGAUCUUACGAUGAUCCAAUUGUGAACGUCGUUGGGGAGAUACUGCUACGCGCUGGAUUCGUGGUUGGGACGUUCAAUUUUAGGGGCGCAGCAAACUCGGCCGGUCGUACGUCCUGGUCAUCAAAACCCGAACGGGGCGAUUACAUGUCCUUCGUGGGCUUCAUGAUCCACUACAUUCAUUUUCUCAACCCCGUCCGCUCAGGCGACCGAAACGCAAGGCCUGCCGAACCGAGAAAUCCGUCCCAAAGCUCGGAGGCGAGCGCCACCGACGCCGACGGCCGACCGCUCUUUGUAUGCGCCGGUUAUUCAUACGGUGCCAUGAUCACGUCGCAGAUACCCCCGCUAAGCGAAAUACUCCCCCAGUUCGACGAGCCCUACAUCACAUCCGCGGCGGCCGACAUACGCCUCCGAGCGCAGCAUCUAGCCGAGCGGCAGACCAUAUUACUCGCGGAUCUCCGGUCCGGCCAUCCCACGUCACCACGGAGGAGCCUCGGGAUGCGGUUCGGCGGAGACGAGGGGGAGCAGCGCAGAAGCAACGACAUGCGGCGACCGCAUUCCCCUCACACCGAGGCGAAGCUCCGGAAGGGAGUGAACGAGCUCCUUGCCAGGACGAGGGCAAGCCGGCGCCGUCUCAGCAGAAUGCGAUCGGAAAACAACAAGGCCGCAAACCCCGAUGGAAAUGAAAAUCAUACGGUGCCCGGGGCACAUCGGUCUAGCGACGACGAAGCGCCGCAGCAUCUCGAGAGAGUGACCGACCUCAUCCAGGUCCGGCCAGCGUAUCUGCUCGUGUCACCCCUUCAAGGCGUCAUUACGUAUCUGGCCACCAUGUCCUUCUUCCCUCCCUAUAGCAACGACACGGCGCAGGCGGCGGAAGAUAAGCUGGUGGGGAACCCUACGCUGGCGGUUUUCGGGGACAGGGACGUGUUCGUGCCGGUGAGCAAGCUGCGGGCCUGGGUCGGACGGCUUGAGAACGUCAACGGGUCACGGUUUCACGGGGAGGAGAUCAGGACUGCGGAUCACUUUUGGGUGGAAGAGAUGGCGGUGUAUAGGCUCCGCGACGCGGUGGCGCGAUUCGUCGCGGGUUUGGUGGGAUAACCGGGCAUGAACUCAGACCCUUGAAUGUGAUCAAGGUGGGAAUGACGAGUCUCAAAAUAAUGGACCUUUACACUGACAUGACAGUCCUUGAGCUCUGCGGGUAAAACUAAUAAAGGAUGUUUAUGAUGGAGGCGUCAAGUCAUUGAGGGCUUCGUAGUAAUGACACAAACCAAGUUAUGCGCAUUCUGUUCCUAGAUGGCGGCGUCAAAUCACGCCCAUUGCCGAGAAAACUUGAUGGUGCAGACGAGGUGGUCGGUUCGGGCAUUUAGUCAGCGGAAAGUCUAUGGAGUGGGACAGGCGUGGCCAUAUGCCUUAGGUGGUUGAGAUGCCAGAUCUGGGGAUAAGGAAGGGGCCCAGAUGUUUCAUCUGAUCACUUGUCUGAACAGGCCGAGUCAUGAAGUUGGGCAAGAAACUCUCGCUUGGGUAGCGAUUAAUAGUAGUUGGGUUGAUGACUAGGUAGC